AUGUCCUUCCAGCUGAUCCAGGUGUUAGAUUUGGAGAAAGCCUUUGAUCCAGAAACGAAGACACAGUUUCUCGCAGAGCUUCGCAACUCGCUUAUCAAUGUAGGUUUCCUACUCCUAGUGAACUAUGAAAAGUACGGUCCUUCCAGACAAGACUUCUUGGAUAUCAAGGAGCAGCUGAUUAAGUUUUUCGAACUUCCAGAUGCCGUGAAGCAAAAGUGUGAGAUGAUCAAUUCUCCACAUUUCUUGGGCUACACCAGACUUGCAAACGAGAUCACUGCUUCCCACACCGACUGGCGUGAGCAGAUUGAUCUAGCCACCGAGUUGCCUCCUCCAAAGGAAGGUGACCCCAUUUACAAGAACAUUGAAGGCCCUAAUUUAUGGCCCGACGAAGAACAUAUCCCAGGCUUCAGGGCAGUCAUCACCAGCUACAUCGAGAAGAUGACUCGUCUAAGUAACACGUUCCGAAGGCUAGCAUGUGAGGCCAUUGGCAUUCCUCCAGAUGCUUUAGACGGGUACUUUAAAGAAAACCAACAAUGCAAGAUGAAACUCAUUGCGUACCCAGACUCAGCACAGCUCCAGGGAGCCAAAUCCCAAGCUUUGGAUGAUUUACCUGAAACAGGACAAGGAGUAGGACCACACCGUGACUCAGAUCUCCUCACGUACAUCUAUCAAGCAACAGAACACCACCGUAGUUCUUUGCAAGUGCAGAAUUUCCAGGGCAAAUGGAUUACAGUUGAUAAUAUACCACACAGUCUUGUUGUGAAUGCUGGACAAACACUCGAGGCUAUCACCAACGGGGUCUGUAAAGCCACCAUUCACCGUGUCUUGAACCCAGAAGCAGGACUGGGAACCCGUAUAUCAGUGCCAUUCUUCCAGACGAUCGAUCUUGACUCGAGAAAGCUGGCCGUAUCUAAUAUUCCCAAAGACGUUCUUCAGCUUCGAGAUGAUAGAGAUAAGGCGAUAGAAGGAUGGGGAGUCGAUGUGGGGUUCCAGUUUACCCCAGACCUCUCCCAGCAUGCUGUAGGACAUGCCGUUUUUCGCAACCGUAUUAAGUCGCAUCAGGACGUGGCUGCAAGAUGGUACCCUUCGAUUCUCGAGGAAGUCAAGGGGCUCUAUUCACAUUGA